AACAUUGAAGGACAGAAUUUCCGUGUUUGUUUCGAAGACGAUAGAUUACUUGGGCUACAGUUUUGAAAUGAUCAAGUACAGGCAGAGAAUGUAUCAUGCAAAUGACGAGCUAACUGCACGAUUAAAGCUACAGCCAGAAACUCGUGUCACUACUGGAGGGAAAGGAGAAGGCACAACAAUGUACUUUUAAAACGACACAGAUUACAUGUUUGUUGUUAAGCAGGUAAUGUGUACCGAUUUUCCUUUGGUAUUCAUGGGCAUUAAGAAUUUAACUUUAUUCCAAACGAGAAGAGAGCUGACGUGCCCAGGUUAUACACGACUGGAGUUGCUACAGUUUUCAGGACGAUACCGCAGGGGGGAGAUUGGGGACUCUUUGAUUCAAAGUCAGUCCGGUGCUGUUUACCUGUCAAGUGAAGCAUUCGUCGCCGCAUUACAAAUAUCAUCGGAAAAAACCUGCAACCUUGGCGGGUUUAUAAAGGGUGCCAGAAGUGGACCGUCAACACCAAUGUCAGACAAGUACACUAGCUAUGAUGAUGUUGUAGCGUUACCGUGUUGUUGUCCGGAUCUUCUUUCGAAGUGGUUUUCGCGUCCAAGACCCCAACGAUGGCCACCACAAGAGGUACUGCAUGCUAUCUCAUUAACUGACGCGCACGUCGUUCCAGUUGGGUUCAAAGGUUCUCCAGAACAAUCUCUUGAAUGGCGAGUAUGUUUCUCUCUAGCUGAAUUGCACUUAAUGCAAAUUUUAAACGAAUGUCAGAUACAGACGUAUAAAUUACUAAAGAAGAUAGCAAAAUCAUGCUUACAUCCAAUUAGUAAAGACAUAACUUCAUACGUAGUCAAGAAUACAAUCUUAUGGAUCUGUGAGAAAACACCAAAUCAGUCUUUCGAAAAGAAACAUCUAUUGUACAGAUUACUAGACACAAUUGAGUUCUUGAGGCAAUGCAUCAGAAAGAAUUAUCUACCAAGCUACAUGAUAUCUGAGAGAAACCUGAUUGCUGGCAGAUUAGAUCGAUUACAAAGACGUCAAUUGGGCCGCAUUUUAGAUGACUUAAAAAACGAACAGGGGCAAUUGUUCCUUAGAAUAGGGAAUCUGCGAGACGCAUUGCUUGUCAUGUAUAAAUGUCCCAAUCAUUUCAGAGAGUACGGAGAAAAACGGGAUAUAUUAGAAAGAACAGUACUUAUGAGGAACUGGAUACGAGAGUCCGCCUGGAAACCAAAUAUGACAAAAGCAGAAAGGUAUAGAUUGGCAGAAAAACACAAGGGGUAUAAGAUAUUGGAGAGAGAAAUUGAUGGCAUAUUACACGUAAACGAGACACAGUUAGAAGAAAAAGGAUGGAUGUUCACUGAAAUAAAUGACCUCUGGAUGCAGCGACUGUACCAGCUAUUGUCAUAAACUGUCUUUUCCUUACCUAACAUAAACUAGCAAUUUUGCUGCCACAGAUGAUUCUUAUUAUUUUGAAGAGGUAGUUCGUCUUAAAGCGUUGUUAUAAUUUCAUAUUUUUUCCUGUAACUUUUGGAAUCAAAUCAUCUUUCCUGUUCGGCGCCAAAUGAUUUGAAAUACCGAUCCCGGCGCCGCAAAACCCAACAAAAUAAAAAAAUUGGAAUAAAAUGAAAGUAAAGUAUAGCCGUAUAGUAUUUGGGAGGCGAUCAAGAAAGAGAGGUGGUCAUUUACAUAUAGAAGGAACAAGAGGGACCAAAUGAAUAUUCUGCACCUAACGCCGUACAUCUAGUUUCAUCAUAUUCUAAAUUAUCUUAACAUCAAAUGUAUAUUGUUAUGCCCGAAGGUAACACAAUUAUUAAAUGACACUUGACAUGACGGUAACAAAAAACUA